CAAAAAGAUGACGUCAUAAACCGGCAUCGGGCUUCUGGUCCAUGUUUCACGCCUACUUUUACUGCUUGUACUCCCACACCAACCAACUCUCCGCUCCAGAGGAUGUUCCCGUCCUUAUGAACCUUCCAUUCCGCCGCUUUUAUCCAGCGAAACCGAUCAUAUGCACAUAGAAGAAUACGUUGAAGAAGAUGAGGAACCACCUUUGCUGCUCAGCUCUUGUCCUUCUCAUGGUGUUUGGCUGUGGUUGGAGUGCGGCACAGUGUCGGUGGGGAGAAGGGUGUGCAUGUCUGCAAUGUCCAGCUGGCCACGAGCCUUCCAAACCUUGCGAGCAGGUGCAUAGUCAGACACAGGAAGUCCAGUGUCGUUCCUGCCGCUCCGGAACCUUCUCAGAAUCGUCGGACUCCCAACCGUGUCGUCCACAUACCUCCUGCCAAGUCCGUGGUCAAGAGCGUGUGGCCCCCGGCACUGCGAACUCUGACGUUGUGUGCGGAGACUGUCUGCCCGGCUUUCAAUCCAAAACCACUGUAAGAAAUCCUUCAGUCAAAAGCUUCUGUGUAAAAAGUUCCCUGCACCUCAGAAGGGUGCGCACGGUGGAAAAAGGCCCCGGCGCCGGCGCCGGAGGGCCCGUCAACGACACGGUGGUCCGCAGUGCGGAGGAGAAGACGGCCGAGUACGCGGUGUUUGCUUUGGUGCCCAUCUUCUGUGUGGUGGGCCUCCUGGGGAUCCUCAUCUGCAACAUCUAGAAGAAAGGAUACCGCUGCAAUGACAAGGAGGGCGUCGACGCAGAGGCUGCUGCACACCAGAAAGAAGGCAACAAUUACCCCUACAUAUCUGACGACCUGAACGACGACACCAUCAGCGUUCUCGUCCGCUUAAUUACCGAGAAAAAAGAAAACGCCGCGGCUUUAGAAGAACUGCUGCAGGAGUACGAGAGCAAACAGAUGGCCCUGAGAAAAAGCUCGUUAAUUAAGUUUCCCAUGCUGUCUCCCCUCUCCUCGUUCUGCACCCUCCCCAGACUUUGCCCGCACCAGUCGCACCUCCACACCAUCUCCGGCCUCUCCGGCUUGGGCCCCAAGCACGGCUACCGCUGCUCCCGCUGUGCCCAGAGGAAAUGGCCCCCCGUGCUCAUGGCCCCUGUGAGAGAUCCUCCGCAGACCUUCACCUUCCCCUCCCUCCACGCACCCCCCGACCAGACGGACGCCCCCCUGCUGGCGGGGAUGUGCGCCAGCCCUCGCUGUUCACGCGUGCCAAGCGGCGGACAGGAGAGGGAGGAGGAGACGAGGGAAGGAGAGCCCAGAGUUCUGUCUGUGGGAAGGUUUCAAGUUGCUCACAUCCCCGAAUACAAGCCAGUGGUGGUGGAAACAAAGGCGCCAUCCCAGGAGCAGCAACGCAAAUCCCUUUUUGGUGGGAUUCCCUUCUCUUCCCCUUCCUUAGCCAACAUCAUCAGGUGACGACAGGUGCAGUCCGGCAGGAGUACGACUACCUCUGUGGGGAAGAAGACGGCGGGUGUGUGCUGUGACACUGAACUUUUAGAGAAGACCGAGAGCAGCAAGGAGCUCGUCCAAAGAAAAAGUCUAAAGCAGAGAGGUUUGUACCACAUGACUGGAUUACGAGCUGUCACUACUUCGCACUUUAGGGCAGGGAAAAUAAGCCCCGCUGUUUGAACUGCAACAACAAAAGACACACGGUCAGGUAAACAACGGCUUACGCAGCAGGUAGGGAGGACACUGGACUGCUGUGUGUGUAUUUUACAGGUCAAACACUACGAUUUCAGCAGGUGGGGCUUGAAAGAAAGGCUUGUUACCUGAGCUUUCUAGAACACGCAGUAGUCCCAACACACCCACAAUAAACUCAUACACUGGCAUCCUCCAAUAUAACCUGUACAAGCACUAACUAUGUAUAUACUUGUAAAUAUGUCAAUACAGCACCCACACCAUUUCAGACAUUUAUGCAAAUGUUUUAGUCACUGACCCCCCAAACAAUAAACUUGAACUCAACUUUAAAA